AUGGAAGUGACGAUCCAGCCAGGUCUCGCAAGCAGCUCGAAGAUGCACCGCUGGCUCUUUGCUCUCUCCCAUGGAGCAAUCCCACAGCCUGAGAUUCGAGCGGCGGCCAAAAUUUCAGGCCGAUGCAGCCUGGACGGCCACUUGCGCGAUGCUCGUUCCGCUCAGGCGACUUCCGUUUUAGAUGGAUUUUUUGCCAGCUUCCAAGGCUUUGCCCUGGCAACAGAAUUCCUGGGCUUCACCAGACAGAUCAUGGACAGCCUCGAGCGUCUUGUGGCCAACGAUUUGCCGCCUGAAGAGGCUGCAGAGCUGAAGCUCUUUCGCAUGGUAAACGUGUGCGUUCGCAAGCGAGCAGAAGGAGGUGAGACGUCUGCACUUGCGCUCGAUCUGUUGAGGCAAGUCAUGGCAGCCAUGAAGACAGGCAAAAGGCCGCCGAAGAUGCCAAGCGAAUGGACGGACUUGGCAGAUAGCGAAGACGCGGCAGACCAGGUGCGGGAGCAGUCUGACAAGCUUUGGGACCUGAUGAGAGUGCAGGCCGACGUUGCCGUCAAAAACAAUCACUGGACGAAGCGUGGUCCGCCUUUGUUCUUCCUGGUUUUUGCACUCCCAUUGCCGCUCUACUACGUCGCUGACUGGUUGUGGAGAACAUGGCGAGCGCCCAAACCUGAGCCGGAGACCGAUGCGAAGAAGGAGAAGCCGGCACCAAAGGAAAGCAAGAAACAGAAGUGA